AUGUAUGGAGCCAACAGCUCCAGCCUGACCCCAGGAUUCUUUAUCUUGAAUGGCAUCCCUGGGCUGGAAGCUGCACACAUCUGGAUCUCCCUCCCCUUCUUCUUCAUGUACAUCAUUGCUGCUGUGGGGAACUGUGGGCUCAUCCACCUUAUCAGCCAUGAGGAGGCUCUGCACAGGCCCAUGUACUACUUCCUGGCCCUGCUCUCCUUCACUGAUGUCACCUUGUGCACCACCACUGUACCCAACAUGCUGUGCAUAUUCUGGUUCAACCGCAAGGAGAUUGACUUUAAUGCCUGCCUGGCACAGAUGUUCUUUGUGCACACCUUCACAGCAACGGAGUCUGGCGUUCUCAUGCUCAUGGCUCUGGACCGCUAUGUGGCCAUCUGCUACCCCUUACGCUACGCCACCAUCCUCACCAACCCUGUGAUUGCCAAGGCUGGUCUUGCCACCUUCUUGAGGAGUGUGAUGCUCAUUAUUCCAUUCACUUUCCUCACCAAGCGUCUGCCCUAUUGCCAUGGAAACAUCAUCCCCCACACCUACUGUGACCACAUGUCUGUGGCAAAGGUAUCCUGUGGCAAUGUCAAGGUCAAUGCUAUCUAUGGACUUUUGGCAGCCCUUUUGAUUGGGGGAUUUGAUAUGUUUUGUAUUUCUGUGUCUUACACUAUGAUUUUGCGGACAGUGGUGAGUUUGUCAUCUGUUGAGGCUCGUCAUAAGGCAUUUGGCACAUGUACCUCCCAUUUAUGUGCUAUAGUCAUCACAUAUGUUCCAGCCUUAUUCACCAUUUUUACUCACCGAUUUGGGGAACAAAAUAUUCCCCAUCAUAUUCACAUCAUUAUUGCCAAUCUCUAUCUAUUGUGUCCUCCCACUCUGAACCCCAUUGUUUAUGGAGUCAAAACCAAGCAGAUCCGAGAAGGAGUCAUCAAACUAUUUUGUAAAGAAAAGCAUGUGCUUGGAAUGGAAUACAUUCAUUAA